AUGGACAGUACCACCCGAAAACUCAGAUACGAAGUCAUCAACUUCUUUCUUCGAGAAUGUCGGCCUCCUACAGUCCAAGAUCUAGUAAACAAGGGCCUCGGCGGCGAACGCGAUGUCACUGCCGAAUUGGAGAAGUUGAGAGACCUCCACCACCUCAAUCUAUAUGACCCUGGGACGCCAUCUACAACCCCUAUCGCAAUGGCUCAUCCAUUCUCCCAUCUACCAACCCCCAAUAUAGUCACUUCGCGAGGUAAAUCAUGGUGGUGCAAUUGCGCAUGGUGCGCCUUCGGGCUCGUGUCCAUGUUGUCCCCCCAAGACGCCGCUGUGCGCAUUUUGACAGCUUCCGGAAACGCUAUCACUAUACCGGUGAGCAACGACCAGAUCAGAGAUGAAAGGGCCCUGCAAAACUACUACGCAGUCUUCUCUGCUUCGCCGUCAAAGUGGUGGAAAGAUGUGCGAUUUGCAUGCAGCGGCAUUCAGGUUUGCACCUCUCGGGAGGAGGCGGAGCAGUGGCAUGAGAAGCAUGGGUUCCCUCCUGGCGAUAUUAUUACUCUGGAGCAGCUGUGGAAAUUAUCCAAGGCGUGGUAUCAUGAUAAAGCGUCGUACGAGUAUGAGAGAAUGACCGAAGGACAAAAGGAGGAGCUGUUCAGGGAUAUUGGAUUGACGUCGAAAUAUUGGUCCAGCUAG